CCCGCCCGCCCGCGUCCAGAUUUUUAAAAAAUACAAUGUCUAAUGGUGAUGAAGACCACAUGGCCGAAGACUGCAGGGAUGAUAUCGGGAGAACGAGUUUAAUUGUCAACUGCCUCCCUCAGAACAUGACCCAGGAUGAGUUACGGAGUCUGUUCAGCAGUAUUGGUGAAGUUGAAUCUGCAAGACUCAUUCGGGAUAAAGUAGCGGGGCACAGCCUGGGCUAUGGUUUCGUGAACUACGUGACUGCCAAGGACGCAGAGAGAGCAAUCAACACGCUGAAUGGCCUGUGGCUCCAGUCAAAAACCAUUAAGGUGUCGUAUGCUCGCCCGAGCUCAGAAGCCAUCAAAGAUGCCAACCUGUACAUCAGUGGGCUCCCGCGGACCAUGACCCAGAAGGACGUGGAGGAUAUGUUCUCUCGGUUCGGGCGAAUCAUCAACUCCCGGGUCCUUGUGGAUCAGACCACAGGUUUGUCCAGAGGGGUUGCGUUUAUCCGGUUUGACAAACGGUCGGAGGCAGAGGAGGCAAUUACCAGUUUCAAUGGUCAUAAACCCCCAGGUUCCUCUGAGCCCAUUACAGUGAAGUUUGCAGCCAACCGCAACCAGAACAAAAACGUGGCACUGCCCUCCCAGCUGUACCACUCGCCUGCCAGACGGUUCGGAGGCCCCGUUCACCACCAGGCGCAGAGAUUCGGGUUCUCCCCUAUGGGUGUAGAUCACAUGAGUGGGCUUUCUGGUGUCAAUGUCCCGGGCAACGCGUCUUCGGGCUGGUGCAUCUUCAUCUACAACCUCGGGCAGGACGCCGAUGAGGGGAUCCUCUGGCAGAUGUUUGGCCCCUUUGGGGCAGUCACCAAUGUGAAAGUGAUUCGCGACUUCAACACCUACAAGUGCAAAGGCUUUGGCUUUGUGACCAUGACAAACUAUGAAGAAGCCGCCAUGGCCAUAGCAAGUCUGAACGGCUACCGCCUGGGGGGCAAAAUCUUACAGGUUUCCUUCAAAACCAACAAGUCCCACAAAUAACUCGCUCAUGUGUUG